GGCAAGAGUGGGGCUUCCCUCCCCCGGCCUCCAUCAACUCGGAUUCAUAACCGCCCAUCACCGGCACAACAACCCCCCAUCACCGGAUUCAUAACCGCCCACCUCUUCCAACUAUUCCUCCGCCUGGCGUUUCUCUCUGCCGUAACCUGGCCGUCUUCGGUCAAUCGUACUGCGCAUGAAGCGUCCCGUACGCUUCCGAGGCUUUCCCUAUUAGUGUGUCCGUGCUUCAUGAUGCAUUCGUUAAUUCUAUUCUUCUGCUUCAUUCUGUAAUGGAUACAGAUGAUUUUAAUUGAAGGGUAAGCGAAUUUAUGAUCUUGGCCCUUGGGCCCUAUUGAAAGAGAGGGUAGUCUCUGAAUAUGCAAUCUCUGCGACUGGUUCGCAGAUUUGGUACUGCACCUCGAGUUCCCGCAGCUGCUACUGUUGCAUCGAAAGAGAAAUCCCUCAUUGCUACUGAUAAAAGAUCGAUCUCCAAGAUAAAUCCCAUAAAGGUGGAUGAACCUGCCCUUAUAAAGCUGAAAAAGGAAAGGGAUCCUCAUAAGCUGUUUAAUUUGUUCAGGGAAAAUGCACAGAAUAAGCUUGUGAUUGAGAAUCGGUUUGCGUUUAUAGUUGCAGUUUCUCGCUUAGCAGGAGCUGGCAGGUUCGAUUACAUUCAAACUUUGCUUGAGGAACAGAAGGCUUUACCACAAGGUAGACGUGAAGGUUUUAUGGUUCGUAUUAUAAUGCUGUAUGGGAGUGCUGGAAUGGUGAAGCAUGCUAUUAAUACUUUUUAUGAUAUGCAUUUAUAUGGUUGCCAAAGGACUGUCAAGUCUCUCAAUGCUGCUCUCAAGGUUUUGACUCUAUCCCGUGACUCAGAGGCCAUUGAGAAAUUUCUGAGAGAUGUAUCACUCAAAUUUGAUAUUCGUUUAGAUAUUUUUUCAUUGAACAUUAUUGUCAAGGCAUUUUGUGAAUUGGGUAUUCCAGAUAAAGCUUAUCUGCUAAUGGUUCAGAUGGAAAUGAAGGGAAUUAAUCCAGAUGUAGUUACAUAUACUACACUUAUAUCUUUCUUUUACAAAAUUAAUAGAGCAGAGAUCAGUAAUGGCUUGUGGAAUCUUAUGGUUCUCAAGGGGUGCACUCCUAACAUUGCAACAUAUAAUGUUAGGAUACAGUAUUUGGUUAAACGGGUGCGACCUUGGGAUGCUAUUAAAUUGUUACGUUUGAUGCAUAAAGUUCGGAUAAAUGCUGAUGAGAUUACUUAUAACUUGGUAAUCAAAGGAUUAUGCCGAGCUGGCUUUCUCGACAUGGCUAUAAGGGUCUACUCUACUAUGCAUGGCCAUGGCCUGAAACCGAAUGACCAAAUUUAUCAAACCAUGAUUCAUUACCUCUCUAAAGCCGGUAACUUUGACUUGGCAUAUUCAUUGUGCAAAGAUAGUAUGAGUAAAAAGUGGUUUCCGAGUGUUGAUAGUAUUAUUAUUCUCCUUAAAGGGUUACGGGUGAAUGGUGGACUUAGUGGGAUUGAAAAAGCACGGCAUGUCAUCAGGUUGGCCAAGACAAGGGAUCCUCCCUUUUCAGAAGAUCAAUUGAAAGAAAUGCAAUCUAUAUUGUGAAUUUGUGAUUUUUGUCAAAGAAAAGAGGGAUCUAAACCUAUCAGCCUUGUUUUUUGCAAACAGUGGAGCUCAACUGAAGCCUAAAACUACCUCAUCUAUUUGCUGUUGGAGCAUACUGGAUACAUUACAGGCUAAUGGACAAAUAGCCACUAAAUACAACCGAUUUAUUAUUCUCCUCAAGAAGUCAAAUGGCAAUUUGAAAGUUCUGAAACUACAACAGUAGUGGUAAGCUUUCCCUCUGCAUAUCCAACUCUGUGAUUGGAGACAGAGCAGCUGCACUAAGUACAAACUUAGUUGCCCAACUUGGUCCUCAUGAGACCUGUCAUGUGCUGUUCUCCGAGGUGUGUCUUAGCCACUCAAGAAGCCUUUUGGAGAUCACAGUUGGUAGUGAAGUGAAGUUGAAAGUGCUUCGAGGUCAAUGGUUUUGGCUUCAUGGUACCAUAGUUCCCUUCUUUAGAGGCUGGAUUCUGAAACUAUGAAGACAACAGAGGAAUGUUUUCUCAGCUUCUGUUCCCUUUGCAGCAACUUUUUUUUUGUUCUCCCUCCCCUUUCAUUACAAAUGCAUUCAAUACAAGUUAGAUAAUUGUAGAAAGCAGGGCAACUGGUUAAUGAUUCACACUGGGCAUACCAUUC